AUGUCUAACCCGUCCCGUAUCCCCGAAAAUGCCGCAGCCGCAGAUGCUGAAGCGGUGAGUCCCACUCGGGCUGCCGAUGCUGGCGACGCUGUAUUCUCUCCUCCCAAAUCCCAGACGCAGACGCCACCGCCGCCUUGUCCUCCAGCGACGGCGGCACAAGAAGAAGGGUCCGUCUCGUCGGUACCACCACCACCACUACCACAAUCACCCCCUGCCGCCCAGCAAGGCACGCCCGGCUCGAUUCCCCUGACCGCUCAAGCCACGGGAAUCUCUGCCGCGGCCCAUGCUGAUCCCGUUAAAUAUGCCCGGGGCCCUGCCGCCCUGCAAAGGCCCCACGGCCCUUCCUUGCUGACCCAGGCUCUUGCAACAGCUCGCGGUAUCCCGAGACACAAUCACUCCGACCCGACGCACUCUCAUCAUCAUAAGACACAUCCUUCCCAACCCACUCAGCCCUCGUCUGAGCCCCCAGCAGAAUCCCACAACAACAACAACAACAACAACAACAAAGACUUCGAGAAUCGAGACUCCCAUCAUCACCAUGGCUCUCGGUCCCAAGGCGAUGGCGAUUCCCUGACAGCACCAGUAUCUCCUCGAAAGACGGCCAUGGCUUCCUCUACCACCACGUCCACCACAGUGGCCGCCCCAGUCUACGGCAGGCUCGACCUCGGCGAAGUCAAUUCGAUGCUUAGCGGCCACCGCGAGUUCCUGAACAAGGCCAAGGGCAGAACAACUGGUCCACCCGAGACCCCCGAAAAGGAGCGGCCGGGUCGGUGGAAUACCUCUUCUCUCGCGUCGCCACAUCUUACCGACUCACCUGCUGCCCCGCACGACGGAACUGGCGAUGAAAAUGGCUUGACGGACGGACGCCCCCAACCCAGAACGUGGAAGACAGACCAUCGCGUGUCUAUGGGCCCCGAGAAGGCCUGGUCAAUUGGUAAUUCAGGAGAUUCCCGAGACGGCCAAGACGGGUUGGUCGAGAAGUCCAUCUCGGAGGUUCUGGCGGGUGUUGAGCACAACAAUCGCAGCCGGAAGGCCAGCCACAGCCUACGCUUCUUCAAGGAAGGCCUCCCCGAGGAGAAGGGGAAACGCAAGGAACAGCGCCCACCACAACCCUCGCGAGAGAAGUCACCUUCAGGGGGGGAACGGCUUGCUGACAUUAAGGAGCAAUUGGGCGGGGAGACAGCGGAGGCCCAGGCAGUCGGAGACGUCGCGUUUACGAUUGAGCGACAAGAUCGGCCCCGUUCCCUUCCGACGCGAACCCCCGAGGUGAAGACUGUCCAAGGUUCGCCAGAGGACUAUUUUGCCGUGAAGCCCGUCGAGCACGUUGACAUCGAACCGGAGGUGCCCGAGAGCAAGUCGGGUGAAGAGGAGUCGCAGGAGCCUGAUUCGAUAGACUCGGGCCAUCAGCCUAAACCGCGGCGAGUUUCCGAUCUCAGCAUUGGGACGGGAGAGAGCACCGAGGAGGGCGAGGAUUCUGGCGAGGAGAAGAUCUCGUCAGCCGUGUUUCUGCCACAUCAGGCUCCUGAAGAGUCGCCGGAACAUUCACCAAUGCCCGGGAUCCCGCAGAGAAUUGUGCCCUCGAGGAGGCAAUCGCGACACGGUGAUUUCCACCCCUGGCUUGUCAAAGCUGACGAGCCCGAGGCCGAUCGUGAACAGGAGAGCCUUGAUUUUGAGAAUAAGGUCGGGCUAGAAGCUACAGAGUAUCCCAGUGUAGCUCCAGAGGUAGCCUCCAGGCAGGUUGAAGAAUCCGCCCCUGUUGCCCAACGUGAACCUGCUAUUGUCUCCUCCCGCCUGUCUCGUCCGGUUUCCCAAUACCGUGAGGAUACCAUCCACGAACAUCAAUUGUCACCGGAGCAGCCGCUGGAUGCCAUUGAGCUGAUUCCUUAUAAGCAUCAAGUCGGGGGCCAUACCACUUUGUGGAGAUUCUCCCGUCGUGCUGUCUGCAAGCAAUUGAACAAUCGUGAAAACGAAUUCUACGAAAAGAUUGAGAAGUACCAUCGGGAUCUGCUGGCUUUCUUGCCUAGAUACAUUGGAGUGCUGAAUGUCACUUUCCAAAAGCAACCUCGCCGCAAGUCUACCAUGAAACGGGAUGAUUCCGCCGCCGUGGAUCGCUCUCGUGCGGCCCCGAAUGGACCGCCGACGGACGUAAAGAACGGGACGAGCCAGGGCGAAGCAAGCCAGCAGUCUUCCGCACCGCAAACCCCAGCGGCUCGGGUGAUCAGCCAAUCGAUCAAGCAGUCUUCGGGCCAAAUUCCGACCGUAACCUUUGCCGAUAAUCAGCAUAUCCUGCCGAGAAGCCUUCUUCAACCGACUGGCAGUUCCCCCAAUAUACUUGGGCGCUUUAGGAGCGCGUCCGGGUCCAUGGUAUUCGCUAGGCAGGACGGGCGUCCAGUGAACAGCCGGGUCGAUCCGUCGCGCCCGAGCCUCCAGGAGCGCCAUGCGAACAGCUGGGGCGCUACCACGGUGAACAAGAAAUUGCGAAACGAAGUUUUCAAUGAUGCGUUCCUAAAACAGCCGGUCGCCAUCCACCGCCAUCGCAAGGGACACCAACGCGUGGCCCGCCGGGCGCUCCAUCAGCCACUCCGGCCAUCCGAGUCGGACCCGGGUUCGAUUGAACCACGAGAGAAGCGAUCCCAAUCAGCGGGGCCCGCUCGCGAGCCGCCCGCCAUGUUGAACAACGGCUCGCACGCGCACACUCAAAGUGACCUCGGCCAGGCGUCCGGUUUCUGCGAGGAUGAGGCUGCCCCCAAGGAUGUGACUGGGACUAGUGCUCCCGAACCCGAGAUCUUGGGACAGUCGCCGGCUCAGAAGAAGAAGCGCCGCUACUCCGGCACCGGUUUGCGUAGGAAGCCGACGGAUGUCCAAGAGGGUCGUGGCGACUUGCAGUACUUUGAGGAAGCCGACGACGCGAGCUACAAGGGCGACCGCGAGAGCCCUGCGCCGAUGGAGGUAUUCCAGGCGUCGCCCGAGCGCGAGCCGGUCCGCGAGGGAGAAGCGGUCGAAGAGCAAGCCCUCGGACCGCCCGUCGGCCCACUCGAGUUUGGCAAGAUCCCCCGCCCCAUCAACCCCAAGGAAGCCCAGACGCAGCGCGAUUCCCGCGUCGAGUACUUCCUCCUCCUCGAAGACCUUACGGCCGGCAUGAAGCGCCCUUGCAUCAUGGACCUCAAGAUGGGCACGCGCCAGUACGGCGUGGACGCCAACCCAAAGAAGCAAAAGUCCCAGCAGGGCAAGUGCGCCAAGACGACGUCGCGCGAGCUCGGCGUGCGCGUCUGCGGCCUGCAGGUGUGGGACGCGCAGGCGCAGAACUACGUCUUCAAGGACAAGUACUACGGCCGCGAGCUGAAGAAGGGCGCCGAGUUCCAGGCGGCGCUAACACGCUUCCUGUACAACGGCGUCGACCGCGCCAGCAUCCUCGCGCACAUCCCCACCGUCCUCCAGAAACUUGACGAGCUCGAGGUCAUCAUCAAGCGGCUGCGCGGGUACCGCUUCUAUGCCGCCAGCCUGCUCAUGUUCUACGACGGCGACCUCUCAGCCGACAACAACAACAACAACAGUAACAGUAAUGGUAAUAAUGGCAACUACUACGUCGAGGACUCCACCACCGACUUCGCCACCGACACGGAGGAGGCGCCGCGCCGCGCGAGGAAGAACCCGCGCGAGAUCGACUUCAAGAUGGCCGACUUUGCCAACUGUGUCACGGCGGGCGACCUGUCGUCCCGCGACAGGCCCUGCCCGCCCCGCUAUCCGGACGAGCCGGACCGUGGGUUUUUGAGGGGCCUGAGGAGCCUGCGCAAAUAUUUUUUGAGGAUCCAGAGAGAUACGAGGAUUGAGUUGGGGCUGGUUUGCCAGCUGCGGAAUAAUGCCAAUGGCAAUGGGAGCGUGUUUGAGGGGGAGGUGGAUGAGGAGGAUGAGGGGUAUACGAGUGUGUGA